AAUGAACCAAGUCCAUCGAAUCUCUUGGCAACUCGAGGCAUCCGGCUUCUGACGUACUAAAUUAAUGGAUUACAAAGCUUCCGUUACAACAUUCCGUUACAACAAACACACUGUAAGUAAAACCACACUUUGUAGAAUCUUCGAUAGGAGCCGUUAGAAAGAAUACCUAAUGUAAAAUUCCUCGAAGCCCGUGGUAGGUCUUUUCUUUCUUUCUUUUUAAUAUUUGAUAAAUAGGUGCCUAUCUUUUUAUCUGCACGAUUCCUUAAUCUAUCACCAAUAGGUUCGCCCAUCACCGUCACCUUCCUUCUUUCACGAUUCCUUUAUCCAACAUCCAGCAAAUACAGAUAUGGCGGACCAAGAUCAGAUAUCGUCAGAAUCCGGAGGAAUCGCUAUUAGUCUCACACACCAGGGGAAGCCACAUACUUUCACCGUAGAAUCAACCGCCACCGUCGCCGACCUCGCUACCCAAAUUCAAGAUGAACUGCGCAUCCCAGUCAACAACCAGAAACUCAUGGUCUCCAAACUCGGCCUUCUGAAAGCCCCCUUCGCCGAGCGUCCCGUCGCCGAUCUCCAAAACAAGAAGAUAACCCUGAUCGGCACAUCCAUCGAGGAAAUCGCCUCGCUAGCAUCCGCCACCCAGCGCGCCGCGGAACGAGAAGCGCACUUAGCCGCGGCGCGGCGCAACUUGCCCAAAGCGUACUCGCGGCGGGAUCCGCAGCGCGCCCUCGAGGACAGCACGUACACAUUCGCGACGGUGCGCCCGCUGCCGAACCUGCCUCGCCCGGAGCGCUCGCUCGCCUUCCUCGAGCGGCUGAAGAACGACGCGGGGAUCCGGGCCGCGAUGCGCAAGCACAAGUUCAGCGUGGGCCUGCUCACGGAGAUGGACCCGCUGUCGUACACGGAGUCCUCGCACGAGGGCACCACGCGCAUCCUGGGCCUGAACCGCAACGGCGGCGAGGUCAUCGAGCUGCGCCUGCGCACGGACGCGUACGACGGGUAUCGCGACUACAAGACCAUCCGGAAUACGCUGUGCCACGAGCUCGCGCACAACGUCCAUCAGAACCACGACCGCGCCUUCUGGGACCUGACGCACCAGAUCGAGAGGGAGGUUGCGCGCGCGGAUUGGACGCGCGGCGGGAGGAGCGUGGGCGAUCAGGAGUUCUACGAGCCGGAGGUUUCCGAGGAGAUAGCGUAUGACCACGGCGGGUGGACGGGUGGCGAGUAUGUUCUGGGAGGAGGGGGAGGCAGCGCUGCGGCGGCGGGGCAUGGCGCGUUGAGUAGACGUGAGAUCAUGGCUAAGGCAGCGGAGGAGCGUAUGAAGAAACAGAAACAGGCCGAGGAAGAGGCAAAGGGGAAUCGGUGAUGUGCUGAGAGACGAAACGGAUAAACUAUAUGAUUCUACUAGCACUUUGCAUUUUCCUUGAUCUACCUAGGUAGGCAGGAAAGGUUUCUAUUUAUUGUAUGGCUACGGCGUUCGGGUAUGAUACACUAUAUCUGAGUUAUCCUAUAGGCAAGGGGUUUAGCGUUUAGUCUACGAAUUAUGAAUCUAGAUAAUAAUAUCAUGAGUAUUUAAGGGGUAU